AUGCUGUGGACAAAUAUCAAAUAUUUUGCUAAAUUACCCUUUCUCAAUUUGACGAUAAGAGCAAGGGUUAUUUUUGCACUGAGGCUAUGCACGUUGUUGAUUGCCAUAGUGCUAGGGUUUGUGGUCAUUGAUGGAAAAGCACAGAAAUCUCCUCUCCUUGUAUUGCAUAGUAGCCGCUUGGAUUUAGCCAGAGGUUUGUAUGACUCUUUGAAAGAUGCAUUUAGCGGAGAAAAAAACUUUUUGACCACAUCUGAGAUCAAAAUCAUGGCAGAAUACAUAGAAACACAAAUAAAGAAUACUCCUGAAGGGAUCAGGUCGGGACUUUUUGAUUGGUGUUCAGUUAGUUAUAAUACACCAGACUUGGGUUAUCUAGAUGAGUCUGAUUUUGGGGAUUUGGUUGUGGAAGAUGAUCUUCAUCUUGAAAAUAUGACACUCUCUUGUAAAGAUUACGGUAAACAUUAUGUGUUUGACUACAGAGGUGAACUAUCUGAUAUUGGCUUGAACAUCAUUUUGGCUUACGCUUAUACUGCUGACUUCCAGGAUAGUCAAUCUUCCACGUUAUCCGAAACCGCCUAUGUUCCUGACGCAGCUUACUUACAAGACCUUAAGCAUCGACAAGAAGCUGUGCACCGGUUUUUCGUUGUGAUGAUCAUGAGCAUAUGUGCGCAAAUGAUGAUGUUCCUAGGAACUUUCGUUUACUACUCCCGCAGAAAAAAUGAAAUGGACGACUCUAAAAUCUCAGUAUGGGUGAAGAAUUUGUUUGCCGUUUUUUCAGCUUUUAACUGGAUCUUAGCGUUUGUUGCCUUUAUCGGUAUCUUCUUACAAAUGCGAAAUGUUCAAAUGCAUGUGAGAGAUGAAUUGUCUACUUAUGGCAUUUACAUGAAGUAUGGCCCGACUUUUGUUUCCAUAAUGGUUGUAUGGUUUUGCUUCUGUACCCUGAUAUUUGCGUUGUGGGCGGGCCCGGUGUGGUUCAAUCGAUCGCUAAAAAAGACAGCAGAUGAGCAAGCUCAGAUACCUCUAUCUAUGGACGCAUAUGACUAUGAUUACAAUUAUGAUGACGACAAUGAUUAUGACAAUGACUUCGGCAACACCACCGACUAUAAUGGGGAGGGCGAAAUGUAUGAUUUUGAGGAUCGUCACUCUUCAAGAUCCAUAAACACUACAGACUCAUACGAGAACAACGACAAAACAAGUGACACACGAAUAUCUUCACAUACAUCUUCAGCAUCUUCUUCACAAGACCAUGGUAAUCCGUUCAGUACUGCGUUUACCAAUUCGGAUGCCGCCUUGAGCACCGUGGAACACAAGUCAAUGUUUUAUAACUCGGCGUUCAUGCGCUCCGAUGAACUUUUUAAUAAGAGAAAACCACCUUUACUAAAUGAGCUCGCACUCAAUAAUGAACACCUCAUACCCAUGUCUCCUAUUGUUCAUCCGAUCCCAACAGGAACAAGUACACUACGCCCCGUAGUCCCCAGUAUACAAGUUGACGACUCCCCCCACAAAUCGAAACGCGAGAAGAUUCCUCAAUGA